AUUCGACAGUUGCCUAUUUUAUUGCCCUUUAAUUAUGCAUCUAUUCGAAACCCUAAUCCUAAAUUUCAGUAUAUAAAUAUAGUUAAAUACUCGCCCUUUUUUAUAUGUGUAUAUAUAUUUAAAGUUGAUGUUUUUGAUUUUUUAUUUUUCACUUUCAAGAUUUACAACAAAGUUAGCGUCUUUCAUUUAUCCGAGAUCUGAAGCAAACUGGGCACGAAUCCACCGACUGAUUUGAGAUCUUGGUACUGUUCAAUUGCUUCUGGAUGCGGAUCUAGAUGCGAUCUUAGCGUUUACUUCAAAAUUAUGUUCGCAUUUUCGUCUGUUUUCAUCUGUUUGUGAGUUUUGAGUUUGGACUACUAUCAAAUUCAGUCCAAGUUGAAAUCUUGUUGACGAGUAUGAACUUUCCCAAAAUGGCAAUUGCAUUUCAUUUGGGGGAAAUUAGUUGGGAAUUCGAUAUGUAGAUUUCUUGUAAUCAAGCACACAGAGUUCGUCAUUUUCAGAUGGGAUCAAACAUAGAAGAAGCUCUUAUAGCAAAAGAGAACGCAGAAAAGCUAUUCACAGUAAAAGACUUCACAGGUGCCAAACACUACGCCUUAAAAGCUCAAGCAAUAUGCCCACAACUCGAGGGCAUCUCCCAAAUGGUCGCCACUUUUGAAAUAUACGCAGCAACUGUCACAAAAAUAAACGGUGAAAUCGAUUUAUACUCUGUUCUUGGAUUACACCCUUCUUCAGACAAAUCAUCACUCAAGAAACAAUACAAGAAAAUGGCUGUUCUUCUUCACCCUGAUAAGAACAAAACCAUGGGAGCAGAUGAAGCUUUCAAACUCGUUUCAGAAGCAUGGAGUGUUCUUUCUGACAACACAAAAAGAAACCUGUACGAUGUCAGAAGAAAUAAACACUUAACCACUUCAGCUUCAAGACUUGACACAUUCUGGACAGUUUGCACUUCAUGUCGUGUCCAAUAUGAAUAUUUAAGAAAAUACGUGAAUAAAAGACUUUCAUGUAAGAAUUGUCGUGGGGUUUUUGUAGCUGUUGAAACAGGAGCUGCCCCUGUGACUUAUUGCCCUUGGUCUUACACAACAACAACUGAAAAUGGAUAUGGAAAUCAUUCUUCAUAUAAUGAUUAUAAUAAUCCUCCUCCUCCUGCUACUUAUAUACAAAAUUCAUCAGUAUCUUUUUCAGGCGAUGGGUCCUCAGGGUUUCAUUCAGAAUACACCAAAAAUCUGUCCUUUCAAUGGAAUAUGUCCUCUGGCGCGUUGACUAGUCAAGACCCCAAUCUUGUUCAUAAACCAAACGGAAGGGCAAAAUCGUCCACAAAGUCAAAUCAUUUAAAUCAUUCGAAUUGUGAAAUCCCUGUUGUUAGGCUUGGAAGGCCUCCGAAAAAGAGAAAGACGGAAGACAUGAUACAAAAUCUCAAUACAAACGGUGAAAAAAUGUUAUAUAAAACAGAUGCUGACGUGGCGUUGAGUAACGGGUAUGUUAGUCAAAAUGUCAAUUUUGCCCCUCCUCCGGUUGUUGAUGCGAGAAAGUUGUUGAUUGACAAGGCAAGAAAGGUGAUUCGGUUAAAGUUAGAAGAAAUGAAAUCGGCUUCGAAAACAAUCAAGACCCUGAAGAAAUCCCCAAUGCCAAUAACAGUCCCUGAUCCAGAUUUCCAUGAUUUUGACAUGGAUAGAUCCGAAGAAGUGUUUAAACCCAAACAAAUUUGGGCAAUAUACGAUGAAGAAGAUGGAAUGCCACGUCUUUAUUGUUUAAUUCGCCAGGUCAUCUCUUUAAAACCCUUUCAGCUUUACAUAAGUUACUUAAACUCAAGAACCGAUUCCGAAUUCGGAUCCGUGAAAUGGAUCGAAUCGGGUUUCACAAAAUCAUGUGGAAGCUUCCGGGUGUUUCAUUCAGACAUAGUUGACCAAGUCAACAUCUUUUCUCAUCUUUUGGGGCGUGAAAAAGCAGGGAGAGGUGGGUGUGUGAAGAUCUACCCGAAAAGUGGUGACAUUUGGGCAGUGUAUAGAAAUUGGUCAGUUAAUUGGAAUCGAAAGACACCAAAAGAAGUGAGACAUCAAUAUGAAAUGGUGGAAGUUGUAGAGGAUUAUUCAGAAGAGCUUGGAGUUUGUGUGACUAAUUUGGUUAAGUUAAAAGGUUAUAAAACGGUUUAUCAAAGGGAUUUAAUGAAUGGAAGCUUCUGGAUUCCAAGAAAAGAGAUGUUGAGAUUCAGUCAUCAAGUUCCUUCGUGUUUGCUUAGAGGUCAAGCUUUGAAUUUGCCAGAUGGGUGUUGGGAUCUUGACCCUGCUGCAACUCCUGAAGAGCUUCUAAGAGCUGCAAUGGAAGCUGAAGAACAACAACAACAAGAAGAAGAAGAUGAAAAGGUUGAAGAUAUUGAUAAGAUUCAUAGUGUUGUAUAAAUUUAAACACAUAUAGUGAUGAUGUGUGUGAGAAUUUUUACUUUAGGUAGAUGGAUGGAAUGAUCAUGGAGGGGGAUUUAAAAAAAAAAAAAUCCGCGGCUGUUUAAUGCUCAAAUUUGUUUUAGAGGGUUUAUGUGUUGGUUUUGAGCUCUACUUGUAUUACCUUUUAAUACUUUUAAGAAUGCAUCUUUUUAACA